AUGUCUGAUAACGGAGAACUGGAAGACAAGCCUCCAGCACCUCCUGUGCGAAUGAGCAGUACCAUUUUUAGCAGUGGAGGCAAAGACCCUUUGUCAGCCAAUCACAGUUUGAAACCUUUGCCCUCUGUUCCAGAGGAAAAAAAGCCCAGGAAUAAAAUCAUCUCUAUAUUCUCAGGCACAGAGAAAGGAAGUAAGAAGAAAGAAAAGGAACGGCCAGAAAUUUCUCCUCCAUCUGAUUUUGAGCACACUAUUCAUGUUGGCUUUGAUGCAGUUACUGGAGAAUUCACUGGCAUGCCAGAACAGUGGGCUCGAUUAUUACAGACCUCCAAUAUCACCAAACUAGAGCAAAAGAAGAAUCCUCAGGCCGUGCUGGAUGUCUUAAAGUUCUAUGACUCCAACACGGUGAAGCAGAAAUAUCUGAGCUUUACUCCUCCUGAGAAAGAUGGCUUCCCUUCUGGAACACCAGGACUGAAUACCAAGGGGUCAGAAACAUCAGCAGUAGUAACAGAGGAAGAUGAUGAUGAUGAAGAGGCUGCCCCUCCUGUUAUUGCCCCACGACCGGAUCAUACAAAAUCAAUUUAUACACGGUCUGUAAUUGACCCUAUUCCUGCACCAGUUGGUGAUUCUAAUGUUGAUAGUGGUGCCAAGUCUUCUGACAAACAGAAAAAGAAGACCAAAAUGACAGAUGAAGAGAUUAUGGAGAAAUUAAGAACUAUUGUGAGCAUAGGUGACCCUAAGAAAAAAUACACAAGAUAUGAAAAAAUUGGGCAAGGGGCUUCUGGUACAGUUUUCACUGCUACUGAUGUGGCAUUGGGACAGGAGGUUGCUAUUAAACAGAUUAAUUUACAGAAACAGCCAAAGAAGGAAUUAAUCAUUAAUGAAAUUCUAGUGAUGAAAGAAUUGAAGAAUCCCAACAUAGUUAAUUUCUUAGACAGCUACCUGAUGGGAGAUGAAUUGUUUGUGGUAAUGGAGUACCUUGCUGGGGGAUCACUUACUGAUGUCGUGACGGAAACCUGCAUGGAUGAAGCACAGAUUGCGGCUGUAUGCAGAGAGUGUUUACAGGCAUUGGAGUUUUUACAUGCUAAUCAAGUGAUCCACAGAGACAUCAAAAGUGACAAUGUGCUUUUGGGGAUGGAAGGAUCGGUUAAACUUACUGACUUCGGUUUCUGUGCCCAGAUCACCCCUGAGCAGAGCAAGCGAAGUACCAUGGUUGGAACGCCAUAUUGGAUGGCACCAGAGGUGGUUACACGGAAAGCUUAUGGCCCUAAAGUGGACAUAUGGUCUCUGGGUAUCAUGGCUAUUGAGAUGGUAGAAGGAGAGCCUCCCUACCUCAAUGAAAAUCCCUUGAGGGCCUUGUACCUGAUAGCAACUAAUGGAACCCCAGAACUUCAGAAUCCAGAGAAACUUUCCCCAAUAUUUCGGGAUUUCUUAAACCGUUGUUUGGAAAUGGAUGUGGAGAAAAGGGGUUCGGCCAAAGAAUUGUUACAGCAUCCCUUCCUGAAACUGGCCAAACCAUUGUCCAGCUUGACGCCACUGAUCAUGGCAGCUAAAGAAGCAAUGAAGAGUAACCGUUAGCAUCAUUGCCGUGGCCUCGUAUUCUUUCUUCCAUUUUCUAAAAGAAAUCUUUUAAUAUAUGAAAAUUAUUACUCUUUGGGGCUUAAAGAAAUGGUCUGUAUAACAUGGAGGAAAAAGCAAACUACUGCUUCCUGAAGACAACCAAGAGAAAAUUACAAAACGGAAUGAAAACUUUCCAUUGAAUCCCUUCUUUAUAGGGUCCAAAAGGAAUUAUGGACUGAAUCACUAGCCAUCUUUCAGCAGACAGCCCAUCAGGGCCAUUUAUCAUGCUUGAGAUUUGCAUUUAAUUUUGCUGAUUUCACUGUAAUGGAUCCCAUUCAUUGUCCCUUUUGGGGGGGGGAGGGUAUUUUCAAUACUUGAAUGGCAGAUUCGAGUUUUUCAAGAGUAUUUGUUUCAUCUGCUAGUCUUUUCUCUCCAUAGCCUUUUUUUCCCUUGACAUGCUCUUUUUGAGUUGCUUUGAGAAAUUUUUCUCAAGCCUAAAUUUGAGGCAAAUGUAAUAAAAUUAUGUAGUUCCUUAUAUUGGCAAAGGAGCUCAAAAUCGUUUAGCUUUGUAUAGAAGUUAGGGCCAGCUAUUAUUACACGUAGUAUUUCAGUUCAUAAUUUGAACUGAAGGAAGGGAAGAAAAAUAUGUGAUUUUUACCUUUUUUAAUAAUGUGAAAGUCAAUUUUAGAAAUUUCAUGGUAGUGAGUUGUUUGGCAUUUGUUACAUGUAUAAUAGAGAGACUAAUAAUCUAUAUUUAUAACUAAAUCAUUGAGACAGAAAAAGAAUCCCAUUGACUAUACAACCUUACAAUUUAAUUUCCUUUCUAAGUGUAUCCUCUUCAGAUUGGGCUUUAGGAACCAAAGUUAUUUGCUCUUUCUUGUUCCAACUUGGGCUUUGUGACUGGUUGGUAUUGCUACUUUGCCCUUCCCCCUUUUUUCCCUUCAUUUUGGAAAUAAGUUUCUGUAUAUGUUGUAAUUUUAGUUUGUUUUUUAAUUAACCCGCGCACCCUACUCCACCCCUCUCCCUUUGGUAAAUAAUAUAAUAACCAUUGAAUUUUCAGAAUUUAAAAGUUAAUUUUUUUCCCAUUUAAAGAAGAAAAAUACUCGGAGCUAGCAGAAACAAAGCGAGAGACUAGAACUCUAAAAUAAUUAGGUAAGAUUAUAUUCAUGUAAGAGAAAUGACGGUUACAUAGAGAUGCGGCUUCUGACCAGUAAACUGUGGAGAUUUGUUACAAACAUUGUUCCCAACCCAGUACCAACAUUUUACUAGCAAUGAGAACUUAACAUGACAAAGUUCUUGAUAAAUUCAUUGAUUAUUUGAGAUGUUGAGUUACUCUGGAUUUUUUUCAAAAAAAAUAAUGUGUAUAAAAAAAACUAGAGAAAGGAAGAAAAAUGAAAUAUCCUUGUUGAUAGCAAUACUUUUUUUAUUUUAAAAAUUUUAAGAAGGUCUGUGACCUGUAGCAUUAAUUAUGAGAGUGCCCUCUCUUCUCCCCUCCCAUUCUCUCCUUAUUUUUUAUUUUCUUAUGGAAGCAGUGUCGUCCCUCAAGCCACAUUAAAGAAAACAAUCUGGUUUGGUUCAGGCAUUUUGUUCCCACCACCACUCUUAAUUAACUUCACACCUACUUGCCGUCAGUAGUACAAAUCAUGAAUAAAAAUAAUUUUGAGUACAUUAAGGGAACUAAUAGAAUUUUAUGUCCUAUCAUUUUCAUCACAUCUAUGUUAAGAUAUGAGGAUAGAAUGCCUGUUUUUUAUUGAUAAUGCAAGGUUUUCACAAAAUGUGUAAAAUAAUUAGUGGAACUUUUACGUAGAGCACUUAAUGAUUUCUGUUUUCAGUUUGAUUUUUUUUUAAUUACAAAGUUUUUUUUAAUGUUUAUUUUUGAGAGAGAGAGAGACAGAGUGAGCAGGGGAGGGGCAGACAGAGAGAGGGAGACACAGAAUCUGAAGCAGGCUCCAGGGUCUGAGCUGUCAGCACCGGGCCUGACAGGUGGGGCUUGAACUCAAAAAUGUGAGAUCAUGACCUGAGCCGAAGUCGGGCACUUAGACCGACUGAGCCACCCGGGCACCCCCCAGUUUGAUUCCUGAUUUCAUUUUUCUUUGGAUUAUAUUGACCACCUACAGCUAUGACUAAAUUACCUUACAGAAGCAAGCUGGUUUAUUUCUGAUGAAAAUCUACAGUGCCUCUUGAGUUUCAGAUUUGAACAUUCUGUGUAAAUAGUUGUUUGGAUGGAUUACGAUAAAGAAGAUGCUACCAAUGAAAUAGAAAACCAACUAGAUGUUAAGACUGUGAUCCUCAUGACCACUCUAGAAGGCCCUUCCAUACAUAUGUCAUAAAGACCAUAUUCCUUCAAUUUAGUGCCAAUGCCCCAUUUUUAUGCCUGUGACUCAACAAAGGUCUUUUCAAUUUAUAGAAGCAGUCUGGGAUUUGUAUUUACAACUUCUUUGAGGGUUACCUGCAUGUCCAUUGCUGGCAACGGACUUUGUCAUUAAAACCUGACUCCUAGGUUAAGGGAGCUACACUGUGGUUUAUUCUUUACUUACUUGGAUAAACUAACUUGUAAUAGAAAUAUACUUUGGUUAAUUCUGAAAUGUGUCAUUUUUAAACAACGUAAUCCUAAAAGCAAUAUGGAAUUGUGAUUUAUUAGUUAAUUUUAAAUUAAAAUGUUCAGAUCUUGUUGAAAGAAAAAUUAUAUCUGAAUCAGUUCAUGUUUUUUUAAUAACUACCUUUUGUGGUCACCCUUUUUGUCCUCACUUUAGAAUGAAGAUUCCCAUUUAAAUCUAAAAGUUACCUUAGUUGUCCUCUUGUGUUAUUAAAACAAUGUUACUAUAGUACUUAUUUAUUAUAUUUCAGAUUUUCUGGUGGUCUUAAAGUUUCCUUCUCCUCUUGUUCCUUUCGCUGCUUUUAAGGGACAGUUAAAACCGGGAAACCAUGAAAAUAUUGAAUUUUUUAAACAGAGUGGUUGUGAUAGCGUAAGAAACCAAAGCUAACACAACUGUCUUUGUGUGUUGAGUGCCUGGCACAUAGAAUAAAUUCUCUUCCCUUCCACACAUAAACAUUAAGCUGCUUAAUAAUAUGUAUCUAGUUACCACCAGUCCUAAAUGAAACUGUGCCUUUCAUAAACAAUUUAAAACUAUCUAUAUGAGUAUUUCUUUAUAGGGCUCACAUAAAUACAUGUCUGUUUCUAUAUACUGUAUUCUAGCCAGAACAAUUUUAGAUCUGAUUGGGCUGUAGGUAUAGUUAGAAAAAAAUGAGAAUUUGCAUCAGUUUUCUUAAUUUAAAAACUUUAAAUAUAAUGAGAUCCAUAUCCAGUGAAAUGUCAAAAAAUCAUUAUAGAAUUAUAGCUAAAAUCCAGAUUCAUAUUCCUUUUGGGUUUUUUACAGUAGAAUUUCAUAGUUAAGUAAAGUGAAGAUUGUCUUCGGUGUUUCCAUUGCUUCCACAAUAGAUAAGCUAAACAAUUAAAAUUCGUUUUCCCGCAGUGUAUGUAUAUGUGUGUGUGUGUAAGAAAGGAAAACACACACACACACACACACACAUACUUUUUUUUUUUUUUAAUCACUCAACACAUUUACUGACCACUUUGGCAAAGACACUGUGGUAUAUAUUGUGGGAAUUACAAAGGAGAAUCAAGCACUGGACUGGCCUGGAGAGAGUUGAAGUCCUUUUACUCACCAUUCUGGAAUGUUGCUAAAUGAAAGGGAGAAAGAAAUGUAUAACUCUGUCAAAUUUUCGUUCUGUAUUAAGAAAAGCAAAGGAUUCUAUUUGGAAUUGGAUGUCUUUGAUAGGAAUGUGUUGCCUUUCCCCCCACCCCUUAUUUUGAUAGAUAGAAAUGGAAUUAAGUGAAAGUAGCUUGUCUUUCUGUUUUGUCUUCAAAUUUUAUAUUGACUUUUAUUUUUAAUUUAAUCCCGUUCAAUUAUUUAAUUGUUACAUUGACAUUAACUGCUGUAUUUGAUGACUUUGUUCAAUAAUUUUGUUCUUUCAGGGCUAGAAAUAAACAUUUUUUUAUGUU